AUGUCGGUCAGCAUCUUCAGUUACCUCCGCAACGCAGACAACGACGCCAACGGCCAGCCAAUAAGACCACCGGUUACAGUGACGUGUGGCCCCCUCCAUAAUGAAUCCCUGAUUGUCUUGGUUCUCGGCGCCGCGCCGCUGACCCUAUCAUGUCAAAUUCAACCGAACCAGAUUAACGUCCAACCGCCGGAUAUGGACUAG